UAUAUCACAUCGGAUAAUGCCGCAGGCCAAUCUCAAGCUGAGUCCACAUGACCAGCAGGUGCUGGAUUCCAUCUUCAAUCCCCUCGAGCUCAGUAGCCUCCAGCCGAAUGACGCAGUGCCCGCCGAAGCCGACCUAAUAGAUCUAGAGCCCGACACGGAAGCCAUCAGGGCGUCCAGGGAGCUGGAGCUGAAGGCCAUUUGCUUGUCCGAAAAGGGGGAGCUAACGGAGGCCCUGGAGCUAUUCCGCCAGGCCUUAGAUCUGGCCCAGAGGCCCUCAGUGCUGAACAAUCGGGCUCAGGCACUACGACUGGCGCAGCGGGAUGAAGAGGCCCUGGAUGACUUAAAUAGGGCCGUAGAACUGGCUAGUCCUCAGGAGAACCGCACCAAAAGCCACGCACUUUGCCAGCGAGGGGUUCUCUAUCGCAAGCUGGAUAACUUGGAUGCAGCCCGAUCCGAUUUCGAGGCAGCAGCUCAGUUGGGCAGCAAGUUUGCCAAAGAACAGCUUGUGGAAAUCAAUCCCUUCGCAGCCCUGUGCAAUCAGAUGCUUCGACAGGCCUUCGAUCAGCUUAAGUGAAUUAUAGUUCACCAGACACUAGAAACUAAAGAAAGAUGCUUGAAUUCCCGAUAUUAUAUAUAAUGGUUGCCGUAAUUUUAUAUAAUAUGAAAAGCCUAAUUAGAUUAUGAAAAAAGAAAAUAAAAAAUACCAAUUAAAAAUUCGA